AAUUUGGUAUCAAUUAAAAUAAAGUUACUCAUUCCUUAAUUAAAAUAAAAAUUAGAAAAUAAUAAGGCGUGGCUACACAUUAAACUUAGCCAAGAGUGUGUUUUUCUAGGGUGGUGUUAUUUGGACGCAUUUACUGACUAGUCAUUGCUGACCACCUCUCUAAUACAAAUACAGGUGGAUCCCAUAUACACUGGCGGGGUGGUCGGUAAAUAUGGUCCAAAUAGUAUUAUUGGUUUUUUUAAUUCCAUCUUCAGUGCCGGAUAAAUAUUCAAAUAAAGCUUGGCUCCUCAGACAAGAGGUUGAACUUGCCCCUACUCAUGUCAAUAUUAAACCCAAAAAAUAAAAGAAAAAAAGAAUUCAAGUCAUUGAUAUUGUAACUAAUCGUGAGAUCAAAGUGCUCCUAUAAAUAUUUGCAGUGCAAUAUUAAACCAGUACACUCUAGCACUUAACCUACUCAACCAUUUAAGCACAACCAACAAGCUCAAUCACCAACCUUAUAGCUGUGUAGUAGAGUUAGCCAUGGAUUGGGUUGGGGCAAUACUUGGGUUGCUUGCUCUUGUUUAUGUACUGCAAGCAUGGCUGUCCAAAAGCAAGAACAAGAAGAAGAGAUUGCCUCCUGGUCCCAGAGGGUUUCCACUUUUCGGAAACCUGCACAUGUUAGGGGAGUUCCCUCACCGGGAUCUGCAUCGACUAGCCCAAAAGCACGGCGACAUCAUGUAUAUGCGCUUAGGCCUUGCUCCUGUUGUUGUUGCUUCAUCCCCUCAGGCUGCUGAGCUGUUCCUCAAAACACAUGACCUUGUUUUUGCAAGUAGGCCACCUCUUCAAGCUGCUGAACAUAUUUCCUAUGGGCAAAGGAAUUUGUCCUUCGGUGCAUAUGGCUCCUAUUGGCGAACCAUGCGUAAGAUGUGCACCCUUGAGUUGCUCAGCAGCCACAAAACCAACUCUUUCAAGCCCAUGAGGAAAGAAGAGCUUGCCCUCUUGACUAAGUUUAUUCAAGAGGCUGCCAGUGAUCGUGUUACUGUUGAUCUCAGUGGCAAGGUUGCGUCUCUCACUGCCGACAUGAGCUGCCUGAUGGUGUUUGGGAAGAAGUACAUGGAUAAAGAAUUUGACGAGAGGGGUUUCAAGGCUGUGAUCCAAGAGGGCAUGCAUUUAGCAGCCACCCCAAACUUCGGUGAUUUCAUUCCUUUUAUUGCUCCACUUGACCUCCAGGGGCUAACUAAGCGCAUGAAGGGUGUUAGCAAGGUGUUUGAUGCAUUUUUUGAGAAGAUCAUUGAUGAACAUAUUCAAUCUACAGAUCAAGAAAGAACAAAGGACUUUGUUGAUGUCAUGCUGGGCUUCAUGGGGUCAGAAGAAUCCGAGUACCGAAUCGAACGCUCCAACAUCAAAGCUAUAAUUUUGGACAUGCUGGCUGGCGCAAUGGACACAACAGCGACAGCAAUUGAGUGGACACUCUCCGAACUCAUCAAGCAUCCGCGGGUGAUGAAGAAAGUCCAGAAAGAGUUAGAAAACGUAGUGGGCAUGGAGAGGGAGGUGGAAGAAUCGGACUUGGAGAAGUUGGAGUACUUGGACAUGGUAGUGAAGGAGACCAUGAGGCUUCAUCCAGUGGCACCAUUGCUGCUUCCCCAUGCAGCCAUUGAGGACUGCAAUGUGAAUGGCUUCCACAUACCCCGAAAAUCUCGUGUUAUUAUCAACAUAUUUGCAAUUGGGAGAGACCCUAGUAUUUGGACUGAUGCAGAGAAGUUCAUACCAGAAAGGUUCGACGGUAGCAAUAUCGAUUUUCGGGGACGUGACUUUCAAUUUAUUCCAUUUGGGUCUGGCCGGCGAGGUUGCCCCGGAAUGCAAUUAGGGAUAACUAUGGUCCAGCUUGUGGUGGCACAACUUGUUCAUUGUUUUGAUUGGGAGCUUCCAAAUAAUAUGUUGCCAUCUGAGUUGGACAUGACGGAGGAGUUUGGUCUAACAGUGCCUAGGGCUAAGCAUCUAUUGGCAGUUCCUACUUAUCGCCUUCAGCAGCAAUGAUAACGAUAAUAAUAUGUAUGUGUAUAAUUUCCAUUUUCAUAAUUUUGAUAUUUGGGAGUGUUAGAAUAAACCAACCAAACUUUAUCAGGUAAGACUAUCUGUUGCGGGGAUAUCAAUGAGCCAAAUUAACAAGUUCUAUUAUCCAUGAUUUACUCAUAUUGUUGUAAGGCUGUAACUUUUUCUACGUAAUAAUAAUAAGGGCUAACAAUAAAAGACACCCCGCUGGUUUAGGGUCAUUUUCAAAUUAGACUCAUGGUAUCAAUUUUAUCAAUUUACGCCCUGACGUUUUCAACAUCGUUCAAUUUCAUCCUUCCAUUAAGUUGACCAGACGGGCAAUCGUUAAAUGCUGACGUGGCACCCGUGGGACCUACCCCACCAGCGCUUUGAACAUUCCGCGCGUGCCAGUUGAAGGGCACUUUUGGGUUUCGACAUUUCUAUAAAAAAAAAAAAAAAACUGAAUAUCGGGCCCAAAUUGGGCACGUGUUGCCAAAGCUGGAGAUCGAAGAGAAAGCCCCAAAUUCGUCAUCAACCUCAGUUUAACCUAAAUCCUAAAUUUCCAUAGCUGAGAGCUCAGAUCUACGAUUUCGAAGAAGUGAGCCGCC